AUGAAUGGUCUCUCACAUCUCGAACCAGAUUACUCUGAGUUUGUUGAAGUUGAUCCAACUGGAAGAUAUGGCAGAUAUAAUGAAAUCCUUGGCAAAGGAGCUUCAAAGACAGUUUAUAGAGCAUUUGAUGAGUAUGAAGGGAUUGAAGUUGCUUGGAAUCAGGUCAAGCUCUAUGAUUUCUUGCAAAGCCCUGAAGAUCUUGAAAGACUCUACUGUGAGAUUCAUCUCCUCAAGACAUUGAAGCAUAAGAACAUAAUGAAAUUUUAUACUUCUUGGGUUGAUACUGCAAAUAGAAACAUCAACUUUGUCACUGAAAUGUUCACUUCCGGGACUUUGAGACAAUACCGUUUGAAGCAUAAGAGAGUUAACAUUAGAGCAGUGAAGCAUUGGUGUAGGCAGAUCUUGAAAGGACUUCUUUAUCUCCAUAGCCAUGACCCACCUGUGAUCCAUCGAGAUCUAAAAUGUGAUAAUAUUUUUGUCAAUGGAAACCAAGGGGAAGUGAAGAUUGGAGAUCUUGGCCUAGCUGCAAUCCUUCGAAAAUCGCAUGCUGCUCAUUGUGUUGGAACACCUGAGUUUAUGGCACCAGAAGUGUAUGAAGAGGCAUAUAAUGAAUUGGUGGAUAUUUAUGCAUUUGGGAUGUGCAUUUUGGAAAUGGUCACUUUUGAAUAUCCAUAUAGUGAAUGCACUCAUCCAGCUCAAAUCUACAAGAAAGUUAUAUCUGGCAGAAAACCUGAUGCUUUGUACAAAGUGAAGGAUCCAGAAGUGAGGCAGUUUGUGGAGAAAUGCUUGGCAACUGUGUCGCUUAGGCUUUCAGCUAGGGAGUUGUUGAAUGAUCCGUUUCUCCAGAUUGAUGACUGUGAGUCCAAUUUUAAAACCAUAGAUUAUGGGGUAGAAAUUGAUGACACGAGUCCUCUCAUAAGGCAACCUUAUUUGGAACUUCAUGACAACACCUAUCCCUACAGUAAUGAAUACUCAAAUGGAUAUGGCUACGAGGCUCAAAAUGAAUUGGAAUAUCAUCUAAUUGAUUUUGGACAAAGUGGAAUUGAGCUUUUCGAGUAUCAUGAUGAUGAACAUUCAGCAAACCUUGACAUAAGUAUAAAAGGGAAGAAACAAAGUGAUGGUGGAAUCUUUUUAAGACUCCGAAUUGCAGAUAAAGAUGGUCGCAUCCGAAACAUAUAUUUCCCAUUUGACAUUGAAACUGAUACAGCAUUGAGUGUGGCCACUGAAAUGGUUGCAGAACUUGAUAUUACUGAUCAAGAUGUGACUAAAAUUGCAGAUAUGAUUGAUGGGGAGAUAGCUUCCUUGGUUCCAGAAUGGAGGCCUGGGCCAGGCAUAGUGGAAACUCCCUGCUUCGCAAAUCAAACCUUAUGUCAUAACUGUGCUUCUACUCGUACUUCUAAUGGCUCACUUAUGGAUUUUCUAUCAAAUAAUCCAUGUUGUAGAAAUGGAUGUGCUUCAAUGCAUGGCCGAUUUGAAGAGAUCACAUUUCAGGCUGAUGAACCUGAACAUCAGUCAACAGAAGGUGUACCAAAUGUACUGCGCCAUUCGGAUUGCUUGCACUAUCAGGAAAUUUGGGGCCAACAUGAAAGCCGCGAACUUACUCCAGUGGGCUCUGGAAGGAGCCAUUCAGAUGAAGAAUAUGAAAAAUUUGAUCAACCAAUCUCUACGAAGGAUAAUAAUGAUAUAAAGAUGGAGAAUGAAGUUCAAUCUACUGCAGGGAAGUCAAUUCAACAUUUAAGAAGUUCCUUUUGCAGGCUUUCUUCAUUGUAUAGUGACCCCUCAGACAAUGAGAAAAAAGUCCAACAAGAAUUAAGAUGGCUUAGGGCAAAAUAUCAGAUUGAAUUAGGCAAACUCAGAGACCAGCAAUUAGGACUUACAUCAAGACCUUCAAUUUCUAGCAAUAGAGAAUGCAAACCAAGUGAUGAGCUUUUGUCAUCUUCAGUAAUGGAUUCAUUUCAAGAAAAUAACAGGAAAGAUAUCUUAAAGUCUUUAGUAGAUGAUAAGCUUUAUGGUUUGCAUGUAACUGUCAAUAAGAGCAGCCCUAAUUUGGACACUCAAAUGGCCCGAACCUGCAAGGCCAUGAAUGAAUCCCCAACAGCAAGAAAUAUGGUCACUGCCAAAAGUUUCUGUAACAGGUCAUUGCUUCCACACUCUCUUCACAGGACAACAUCCCUCCCUGUUGAUGCUAUUGAUGUAUAA